GCACUGCCUCCAUCAGAGCUGUUGGCUGUUUGUUGUGAUCGGAGGAAGGCAUCAAAUAGUCCCAGAAAACAACGUCGACAGUAAUAAAGCAUGGAAGAAGAGAGCAGGAGGAAGAUGAAGGAGAAAUUUGGCCUGAGGCGGGACAUCUCCAAGGAGUUCCUGGCGGAGUUUCUGGGGAUUUUUGUCCUGAUCCUCUUUGGAUGCGGUUCAGUGGCCCAGACGGUGCUGAGUAAAGGGGCUCUGGGAGAGCCGCUCACCAUCCACGUCGGUUUCACCCUGGGAGUCAUGAUGGCCAUCUACAUGGCGGGGGGAGUGUCAGGAGCCCAUGUGAACCCGGCUGUGUCUUUGGCCAUGGUGAUUCUGGGGAAGCUGCCUCUGAAGAAGUUCCCCAUCUACGUGGUGGCGCAGUUCCUCGGAGCAUUCGCCGGUUCCUGUGCCGUCUUUGGGUUGUAUUACGAUGCUUUGAUGGACUACACCGGUGGAGAUCUUGCAGUUACUGGUGAAAAUGCAACAGCCAACAUAUUUGCAUCUUAUCCUGCAAAACAUCUGUCGGUGCUAAACGGGUUUGUUGACCAGGUUAUUGCCACUGGAGCGCUGGUCCUGUGCAUCCUGGCCAUCACUGACAGGAAGAACAUCGGCGCCCCAAAAGGCAUGGAGCCGCUCUGCAUCGGCCUGACCAUCAUGGCCAUCGGCGUCUCCAUGGGUCUGAACUGCGGCUAUCCCAUAAACCCGGCUCGAGAUCUCGGCCCGAGGCUCUUCACCGCUGUGGCUGGCUGGGGCAUGGAGGUGUUCAGAGCUGGAGGCUGCUGGUGGUGGAUCCCUGUGGCCGGGCCCAUGGUGGGCGGAGCGGUCGGAGCCGGGAUUUACUUUCUCUUCAUCGACUUGCACCAACCUGAGCCGCAGAAACAGGACGACAACAAUGUUCAGGACAAAUAUGAAAUCAUUGCCAUGACUUAAAGGGAGUCAAAGGAAAACUGAGCAUCAAUUUCUUAAUAAAAGCAGGAAAGAAAUAUCCAAAAUAUUUUUCACUAGUUGGAGUCAUGACUCUCAUUAAUGACAAAAUGAUGCACAUUCCAGGUGUUUUUUUUAAAGUAAUUGGCUAAAAUAUAUUUUCCUGCUGAACUUUUUGUAUUCGGAUAAACAAUAGCCAUGCAAUAUAAACACAAAAUUUUGUAGUGAAAUGUGAACAUUUACUGUGAAAAUUUAGCUUUUUACACUUUUUCAUGAACUUUCUUGUGGGGAAGAAGAAUGACUUUCUUCUUUUUUACUUCUGCAUGCUUGUAAAAAUGUGCUUUGGUUUGAAGUAUUAGAGCUUUUAUACAAUCUA